GAACGUGUCUAUACUCCAACCCAAACGCUACCUUUGAUUCCCAAUCCUUCUAUCCCAAAGAUCAGUUCAGUUCCGUUAGAUUCCAAUUCCAUGGCGACACCGUCGUCCUCCUCGGUUCCGCAAUCGCAAUUCACCUAUUCCAACUCCUAUUUCCCCGUCCCCUUUCACCUUCAGCAACCCGCAACCUCUCACUAUGCUGCACACUACGUCGCCGCUCCCUCCGUGCAAAUCCCCCCGCCUCCUCUCGUCGGUCCCGUUGCCCCGACUCCGGUGGCCGGCGUUUACCCCAUCGUGCCGCAAUAUCAGGCGCAGCAAUUAUUUGAGAGGGAUGCACAAAUAAUAACACCGCAAGCUCUUGAAAGUGUUAAGGCAGCGAUUGCAAGCAGCGACGUGGAGCACAAAGCUGAGACUAAAAAGAAAGCGGUUCCUCGCAAAGCUGCUGGUCAAACUUGGGAGGAUCCUAUUCUCGCAGAGUGGCCUGAAGAUGAUUAUCGGCUCUUUUGUGGUGACCUUGGUAAUGAAGUGAAUGAUGAUGUUCUUUCGAAAGCAUUUUCCCGAUUCCCUUCGUUUAAUAUGGCACGAGUUGUUAGAGAUAAGCGGACUGGAAAAACAAAGGGUUAUGGAUUUGUGAGCUUUGCCAAUCCUUCUGAUCUUGCUGCUGCUCUUAAAGAAAUGAAUGGUAAGUAUGUUGGAAAUCGGCCUAUAAAACUACGGAAGAGUAAGUGGAAGGAAAGGACGGAUUAUGAGGCUCUGGAAAAACAGAAGAAUCAAAUUCAGAAGAGACUGAAACUGCCAAGGAAAGGUGUGCUGCACAAGUGACAUAGGCCAGAAUUUGUAUAAAUCUAGUUACCAACUUAAUCAAGUAGACCAUUGUUUUCAAUAAGCUAUUUCUUUUUUCAUGUGUAAUGUAUUUCCAAUG